AUGUCCAGUAGUGUCCAUGAAACAUUCAAGGCGCUUGGCCCUGUCGACUGGGAAGCAUUCGCUCAAGAAGACCCAACGACCUGCAUGCCCGCCACUUUCAACGACGCCCACUGUCUCAUUGACUCAAUACCAGCUCCCUCCGAGAGCGAUUCUUUGCCGAGUCAAUCGGCUGAGUACUCGCAGAAAGCCAGAGAGCUGAGAAAGGAGUGGAAAGCAGUGAAAGUCAAUCCCCGCGACAACCCGCUCGAGUUAAACGUCUACAAGUUACCGGCAAAGGAUGGCAGAGGCGCAUGGUUUGCAAGGCGGAGCGUCCACAGCGGACAAAGCUAUAAGAAAUGGAAGACAGGCAUUGAAAAAGAGUUCGCCGAGAGUCUUAAGGUUCAAGGACAGCCGGGAGACGGCAAGAUCAGAGGAUUGGGUGCCGAUAAAUGCGUCGCAGACCGGACCGUAAACGGCUAUGGGAAAAUACAAGUCUAUCAGCUCUCGGCGCAGUUUCCAGGUCCGACUACGCCCCGCGACUUCGUCACCUUGUGUUUGAUCUCCGACACGGAAACAACGACAUUUACAGCAAAGAAACCCGAUCGACCGAGAGAAUAUAUGCUUGUCUCGAAACCAUGUGUCCACCCUGAAUGCCCAGAGCGUCAAGGAUUUAUACGGGGCUAUUAUGAAUCUGUCGAGCUGAUUCGCGAAGUCAAAACUUUAGAGUCGGUGACACCUUCGUCGAGUAGCGGUCCAAGCGACCCUCUAUCGUCAUCAGCAACAAGCCGCUCUGAAAAUAUCGGCAGGGAGUCGACUCUAUAUGACCAGAGCGCCGAGUCAAAUAGUAGCAUAGGCGAAACUUACGACGACAAUAAUUCCACAAUUGAGUGGAUAAUGAUCACCCGUAGUGACCCUGGAGGCAGUGUUCCUCGUUUCCUCAUAGAGAAAAAGACACCAGAGGGAAUAGUGACUGAUGCUGGCAAAUUCGUGCAAUGGAUAUCAUCCGAAAGGUUUGAGAUGUUGCUCAAGACCAACUUUGAAUCUAUACCAACCGAAGUCGGAACAACACCAAGCAAUGCGUCCAUGUCUGUCGUGCCUGGGGGUUUAUCUAGCUCUGUUCAGGCGCCACAUACCGACUCUGGGGUUAAAACGGGUUUUGGAGGAACCGGAUCAGAGAAUUCGGAGCCUGCGCUUUCGCCAGGACCUAGCGGGGUCUAUGGGAUGAUAUCGUCCACUCUUGGUAUGGUAGCAUCAGCAGCAGCUUCGCGAUUCUAUGGACAACCUGAGGAAAGCGAAUCCGAGAUUUCUACACCCGAAAUUUCCGAUACCUCGUCCCUUCAUAGUUUCCACAGCUUUGACGAUACGGUAGACAUCGAGCCGAUCACAAAGAUACCAGAGCGCGACGAACCGGCUAUCUCUGUAAACGCCGACGCAGAUGAAAGUUCAUUGAAGUCUACACAAUCUACACAUCACGACAAAGAGCUUAGAAAACUAGAGGAGCGGCGGCGGAAAGCAGAGGAGAAACUGCGGCGAGCCGAGGAACGCGCCCUCGCAAAAAAGAACAACGACGCGCAGCGCGACGAGCUAGCGCUGCAAAAGCUGCGUGACAGACACGAGCGCGAGAUUGCGAAACAAGAAGACAAGUACCAGCGGGAACGUCGCAAGCUCGAAGCCAAGCGAGCCGCCGAGGAGAAGAAGGCCGAGGAGCGCCGGCGUAAGCAGAUCGAGCGCGAAGACAAGGCCAAUCUUACCCUCGAGCUGGAAAAGACGCGCGCCGAUAGGGAUGUCGCUCGCAAAGAGAUCGAGAUCUUGAAGGAACAGGUCGGGCAACUUCAAGCUUUGAACACAAAGCUCGUAGCACGUCUCGGGCGCGAAGGCAUCAGCCUUGAUGAUAGCUUUAUACCUAGUUCAGGGAGUUGUGGGCCGACUCCUGCGAGCCUUGGCGGGCCAGUGACUGAGCAGGAUCUGGAGAAGAGGCCAAGUAGCGUUAAGUCAUGA